AUGGAUGCUGAAAGUAGGAUUAAAUGGAACUGCCAACAAUGUCGCAGUAAACUACCAAAGACAGGUAAUUCGAACACUCCUGUACGUGCCACUGGUCAUCCUAUCGCUUCUAAGGAGGAUUGCAUCCUGAGCCCAGCUGAAGAGAGUAGUGUUACCAUGAGAGUGAAGAAUAAAUGUUCCAAGUCUGAUAGCGGCGAUUCUUGUGUAACCGAGGAGAGGUUGCGCAUAAUUAUAAAACAGGAAAUCACUGACACUAUUAAAUCCCUAGUAUCCGAACACCUAACCAACUUAAACCUUCAAGUAUCUGAGUUCCAGGAGUCCCUGUCGUUUAUCAGUAAACAGUACGAUGCACUAAUAAUGUCUGUUAACGAGAAAUCGGAAACAAUCAAUAAAUUGGUGUCCAAGAAUGAAAACUUAGCAUCACAGGUUAAAAACCUGACGGAUAGGCUGGUGCAGAUAGAGCAAAACAUGCGUGUUUGUAACGUGGAAAUUACCGGCAUUCCCGAACAUAAGUCGGAGAACCUCCUAAACACUGUAGAACAACUUGGAAGAAUUGUCGAGAGUCCUAUCGCUGAAUCUGAUAUACUGCAUGUAACAAGAAUUGCCAAAUUAAACAAGGAGAGUGAUCGUCCCCGUUCUGUCAUUGUAAAGCUUCGCAGUCAGCGACACCGCGAUGAACUGUUGGCUGCAGUGACGCGAUUCAAUAAAAAGAACAAAGAUAAUAAGCUCAGCACCGAACAUCUUGGACUCGGAGGACGUCGCGAACCCGUAUUCGUAUCUGAACACCUUACUCUCACAAAUAAACAGUUACAUGCCGCAGCCCGAAAGAAAGCCAAGGAGACUGGGUUCAAGUUUGUGUGGAUACGGGAUGGAAGAAUACUUGCGAGGAAAAACGAGCAAAGUCAUGCUAUUCACAUCAAAAACGACGAAAGCUUAAAAUUGUUGCUUUAG